GUAAGACAUGAAACAGUGGUUACGAAUGGUUGAUAGAGGAAUAUGAAAGAACGUAAACAUGGCGGCUGGUAAUAAAGUUGUUCUUUUUGUUUAUGUGUUUUUAGUUGUUUUCGGUAACUUUGACUUGAGUCUGUGUGACGACGAUAAACAUAUGAGCCCACAGAAAAAGCUUAAAAUUGGCGUGAAAAAGAGAGUAGAUAACUGUCAAGUGAAAUCGAAGAAAGGGGACUUUCUUCAUAUGCAUUACACAGGAACUCUGGAAGAUGGAACUGAAUUUGACAGCAGUUACAACCGAGGGGAACCAUUGACAUUCACGCUUGGAUCAGGUCAGGUUAUAAGGGGCUGGGACCAAGGACUCAUGGGAAUGUGUGAAGGAGAGAAACGAAAGCUGGUUGUUCCUUCAGAGCUUGGAUAUGGUACAUCUGGGGCACCACCUAAGAUUCCAGGAGAUGCAACAUUAAUAUUUGAAGUAGAAUUAAUGAAGAUAGAUCGUAAGGAUGAGUUCUGAGAUUGUGUUCACUUUUAUAAUAUUGAUUGUGGGAUCAAAAUCCCAACAGAUUAUUUGUAUGUGUACACAUUCAACUGUGGCGAUAUAAAGUUCCAGAACGCUUUUUAGAUGAGAAGGUGAGAAUAUGAAUUCUACUGCUAAAGGGAAAUGUAUUAACACUCAUCACCAAUGGAACUAUGCAUUGCUCUCUGUUAUUUAUCACUGUUAAGGAUUUGUAUGAGACUUGUUUGUUCAGCCUCUUUUUACUGUGUUGGCUAAUCUUGAUCGUAAUUGCCCAUUUCAUUAAUACAUUUUGGUCAUGAUGAUGGCACAUACUGUCAGAUUUCAUAAAAUGUGUUACAUGAAUAUACAGACAGACAUGGCAGUGCAAUUAAUCAUGGCUCAAACUAUUGAAUUUCAUAAAAAAUAUUAUUACAUAGAUAUACAUUUUAAUCCAAAACACAAACAUGACGCAUGAAAACCUUAUGCCUAAUAUGUAUUUAUGAAUUGUAUAACUCAGUAUUAUUUUUCGUACUUAUUUAUGUGGUAAGUUUUAGUUCAUGAGCUACAUCUCACUAUUACUAUUAUAAGAAUGUAUAAAAAGAUCCUGCUCUUGUAUUUCUGCCGUCCUGUGGGCCUUAGUUCCAUUAAAUUCUCAUACUGUUUCACCCGGCUAACACGCAAAACAGUGCUUGAAGUAAGAUUGGAUGUUGCUUACACACAACCAGAAACCAGAGCUCCAGAAAUACAAUACUUUGUACACUCCUCAGGAGACUGGUAGUAUACUUACACAGAUACUUGCCACUGGUCUGUGUCAACUUGUCUUUGGCAAAUGAGUGACCACAGUUCUGGAGCACUGCCCAAAACCAUCCAAGUGCACAUUCUAAACAGACCUAAGACCUGGCUGUCUCCCUCUUGCAAAAUUAUGGGUGUCUGGGAGAAAUACCCCUUAUUUUAAUAAUAUAAUGUGAAGAGCAAUAUGAAAUUACUCCGAUAAGUAAAAUUUGUUUGAAAGAAAGACGGAUAAAAAAGGACUUUACAGAAUAUAUUUUGAUUUCUUUUCUUUUCUCAUAAUUUUGUUCAGGACUGAUUCCUGGAUGUUAUUGAAGUUCUCACAGGUGUGAAGGUGUCCAUGUUGGCCUUCUGAGUUGUAACACCAUGUGGACAUGUAGGUAGGUUCUAGUAUUUUGGAGAAGAAUCAGCCGUGGAGAUGGUAUGUUUCUCCAAAACAUCAGUAUCUACCUACAAAUCCAUAUUAUGUUAAUAACCAAGAAAGCCAACUUUAGCAUUUCUUUUAUGGUAUUUAUAAUGUAUUUUCCUGUCACAAAUGGGAAAGAAAGCAGCCUUAGUGUAAUCAGAAUAGUGCAUAAUACUUUUAAAGGGCUACUGGGAAAAGAAUUUAAUAACAUUUUUAAGCACAUUCUUCCAAAAGGGUACUAACUAUCACAGUGGAAAACUUCUGAAAUGAAAACUUGUCAGUAAAAAUUGAGAUUAUUACAUACAUCAGCCCUUUCCAAAAUCAAAUAGAUCAACCUGAUAUGUUCCAUUUUUCUGAUACUUCAAAUGCAACAGCAUUAGAAAUAUUUCAUCCAAUUUUAGACAUGUUGUGUUCUAGUAUCAAUUUGAUAUAUGAACAGAUUUUCAUUAAAUUUUCUAUCGCUUUUACUAAUUAUGUCUAAUUUUUACUAAAUUUGACAGCACAUUCCACUUUUGGUUUAGAUCAAGCAACAUAAGACUUGUGUGAGUUCCACUGCAUGCAGGAUUCCCUGGUGCACAAGCCACAAUUGUUUUGUCAUGUGUACAUUCCCUAACUUGUUUAUUUAGAAUAAAUAACUUGAUAGGCAUUUCCACUUCUAGUGCUGUGUAUUUAUUUUCCAACCAAAUGCUUUCAGUACCCUGUACAUACACAACUUAUCAGGACUUCUACUUCAAAAAACAGUGAACCAUAGUCAAAAUUUCUUCCUAAGAUGUUUCUUUCCACUUUGUGGGUCAUCUGUGUAGUCAGAUAUAUACAACAAAAAGAAAGUAAAUGUGUUAAUUCAUGUCAGAAUUUGUAGCUUUAUAUUGAUUGGACUAUUAAGUGUCUAAUUCAAGAUCUCAUUGAAUGUUGGUCACUUGUAUAGUUUAUUCUUUAAAGCAUGUCCUAAACACAUGCUUCAUGACUGAAAGUGAUGAUUGUAUCAAUGUGUGAUUGUAAUUCCAACAUAAUUUUCCAUAUUUCUUGUAAGAAAAGUGGUUAUGAGUUCUACAACAAAUUGAAACAACUAUAAAAUAAAGUAUUUUUUAUUAUGACAU